AUGGCAGGCAAGGGAGUUAGUUAUAUUAUUACAGUUAAUCAUAACAAGUUGUCUUACAGAUCAAGCACGCACUGUUGUCACAAGGCAGUUUACUCUAACAUGCAUGGAACUGCAUGCGUGGUUGAUAUCGAAUGGUUGACAAAAUCGAUCGGUCAAAAUAACUCAUUGGUUGCAGGUCAAAUCCUUAUCGAGUGUCAAUUUACAAACAACCUGUCAUCGUAUCAUAAAGAAAGACUGAUCUGCACUAUAAUUAUAUGUGUGCAAAUAGUCUGCCUAUUAUUUUAAGUUUCAGAUAGGUCACUUUCAGUCAUUUAAGUUGCUUUAAGUCGUUGUUAGCGUAUAUUCACUGAUCCAACCAAUCACAACUUGGACUUUUGCGUAAAUAUAUCUACAUAACUGAAUAUAAGCCAUGCUAAAUCCUUCGGUGCGCGUCAACUAAUAUAAAAUAUUAUGCUAUCUUGUAAACAUAUAUAAUAUUAUAUGAGUUAUUUAAAGAAAGCAAGACCAAUUAUGGUGAUGAUAUUUCAACUCUAUUUCAGGGUCAUUGUCAAACCGAACUCAUUGACUAUUGUCAAACCAAUGAGUUUGACAUUGACCCCGGUUGGGUUUCAAACUCAUUGCAUGGUUUGACAACGACCCUGAAAUAGAGUCAAAAUAUUGCCACACCAUAUUUGUGUCUUGUUUUGUUUAAUUGACUCAUAUAAUGAGUUUACAAGGUUUAUUAUUCUGAGUAUUGUUCUCAUUAUAUUUUUUAAAAUUGUCUGAAAUUUGUCCGAAUUUUUCUUUCAACUUCCAAAUCACCCUCGUGCAGUUCUUGCAAUUUGAUCUAACUUGGCGUACAGGCCAUUUCCCCGAAAUGUCGGGAAACCAUUUUUUCUCUUUCAGAUUGUGAUUGUCAUAAAAUCCAACCAGAGCUUUAUUUUGUAUGUCACGGUCAAUGAUACACCUCCAAAGGUGUGGAGUAACUCUUACAUUUCUAUUUCUUCUCCAGGAUGCAUUCACAGGAUGUCAGAUCUUACCUUGUUCUCACAAGGUACACAAGGAGUGCGCAACGCAAAUGAUUAGAAGUGGCAUGUGAGUGUAAUGGAUGUAUUUUUAACAAUCUUUGAAUGACGUUGAGUAUGAUACGAAGAAUAAUCAAGCCCGAAUUAAGUUUGUGUUAUCAACAAAAAGGCUGAGGUUGAUAACACAAACUGAGCGGUUGACAAAUAAUUCUUCAUAUCUUGCGAAAAACGAAUUCACUGCUUGUUUUAUUAUUUAUUUAAAAGAUGAAAAAGGCAUCCUCUCCUGUAAGUUUAAUUCGUCGAAUUAAUGACCAGUUCGUAUUAAUUCCCAUUUGCAGAAAUUGUUUCCUUUUUUUGUCCAUAAUAACGUUAAGAUGUUUGUGGCUGUUUUUGUUGAAAUUUUGUCUUUAUAUCUGUUUCCUCUAAAUCUUCACGGUUCCCGCAUUUCGUAUUUCCACAGCAUGACAUAACAACGUUGAAUAUGAUGUUGUCAUAUUCAAGGUUAUGACGUCACUCUAUGGAGUUGAUAUAAGCCAUGAAUCUUUUGAAUUUAUCAUAAUAAUCAUUAUUGGAGUUUAUUGCGUGCAUAUAAAACAUGACAUGCAUAUAUUCAUGCAAGUAUUUCAAUUCUAAAGUAUUAUUUAUUUUAACAUUGUAGAACGCGUUGUCCGAUAUGUCGGGAAAGUUUUGAACAUAAACUGGAAAGAAGACCUCAUCCUUGA